AUGGCUCAGCCUGAUAGCAGCCGUGCACGGGCCAAGUCGAUCGGGCACUACAUCCUAGGAAAGACGAUAGGCGAAGGCACGUUCGGAAAGGUCAAGCUUGGAACCCACAUCUUGACCUCGGAGCGUGUAGCCGUCAAAAUUCUCGAGAAGGAGCGGAUCGUUGAAGUGGCAGAUGUGGAAAGGGUGGCUCGUGAGGUGCAUAUUUUGAAGCUAAUCCGGCACCCCCACAUCGUGCAGCUGUAUGAGAUCAUUGAGACGCGCCGUCAACUAUAUCUCAUCAUGGAGUACGCAAGCGGUGGAGAGCUCUUCGAUUACAUUGUUGCCAGGGGGCGCGUGCCUGAACCAGAGGCAUGCCGCUUCUUCCAUCAAAUCAUCGCUGGUCUCGAGAAGGUUCACGCCAUGAAUAUCGUGCAUCGGGACCUCAAGCCCGAGAACCUUCUCCUGGACGAGCAUAAUAAUAUCAAGAUCGUGGACUUUGGCCUGAGCAACGUCUUCAGGCAAGGCCAACUGCUCAAGACCGCCUGUGGAUCUCCGUGCUAUGCUGCUCCAGAAAUGAUUGCAGGCCACAGCUAUGUCCCGCAUCUUUGCGACCUGUGGAGCUGUGGAGUCAUCCUCUUUGCCAUGGUCUGCGGCUACCUGCCGUUUGAGGACCAGAACACUUCGGCCCUGUACAAGAAGAUCCUCUCCGCGGACUACAAGACUCCGAAAUUUAUCUCCGAGUCCGUGCGCGACCUCAUCGCCCGGCUCCUCACCACGGACCCGUCGCGCCGCUUCCAGGUGCCGGAUGUCCGGGCCCACGCCUGGUACCGCCAAAUCCCGGAGGCCUCAACCCCGGUGCCAGAGGGCACUCCUGGACAAGGUGAGAAACAGGAUAUGAAGCUGGAGGAGGGAGAGGGUGUGGCCGACGUGGACCCUGCGGCCGAGGCAGCCGAACUCAAGCAGCAGGGAAACAGCGCCUACGGCCGCGGCGAGGUGGAGGAGGCAGUUCGCCUCUGGAAUCUGGCCAUUCGCCGUCACGUGCAGGAGCUGGAAGCCGGAAAAGCUUUUGGCGAGGAGUCCACGACCCUGGAGAGAUCGAUCUAUCUGAACCUGGCACAGGGCUACCUGAAGCUCGGGGAUGCGGAGAAAGCGCUGCGGGCUUGCAAGGUGGUCCUGUUUGCCGAUCCGGCCAGCGCCAAGGCGCGCUUCCGGGCGGCCGAAGCCACGCUGAGGCUCCAGCGCUACGAGGAGGCGCGGACGCUGCUGCAGCCGUUGCUGGACCCGCCAGUGCCAGAGGCGGUGCGCCUGCUUCAGAAGGUGCAGGCGGAGGAGAAGGCCCAGGCGCUCCUGGCGAAGCGAGAGGACGCCGAGGCCCAGAAGCUCCUGGCGCAGCGCAUGAGUGCGGGGCUCUCGGGUUUCGCGGCGCAGAAGCCGGACCCCGUCGUCGAGGUUGAAGCACCUUCGAGACUGCCCCCCAUGGCCGAUUUGGACACUGUGUCUCACAUGACGGACAUCUCGGCCGAGGCUGCGCAGGCAGCCCGAGCGCGUCAAGCUCGCCUGGAGGCGGAUGAAAGUCCAGCACCACCUGAUGCCACUUUUACGGACUUCGAUGCCUUCCGUGCUAAGGCUAUGAAGCGGUCGCAGAAAUAUGCGAUGGCAGCGGAGCGCAGCCGAAAGCACGGGGAGGCAGCCCAGCGGUCGGUACGCUUGAACUGGUUGCGUGCUGGCCGUGCCGGCGGCGAGCUGGAGGGCUUUGCGGCUCCUCUGCGAGAGGAACUGCGGGAGCUGGAGGCCUUCGACGAGGCGCAGAGGGCCACGGGCGAAGCGGAAGAGCCUGACACUGGCGAAUGGCGAGAAGGCCUGUCCUCAGAUGCAGUGCAGACAACACAGAUGGAAGAGAUGGACUGA